GGAUACUUCUUGGAGUACUUAGGCAAGAUGCGUAGGCGUAUUGCGACUUGCGAGAAAGCCGCAACUUCUCUACUUGCAUCAACUUGCAUCACCACUUUUGUGAACGUUAGCUCUCUGGCCGCUGCUUCUUGCACAUGGCUUCUAUUUGGAAAGAGUUGGUUUGGGAUGGGCUCCUGUGGUUGGUGAUGUGUCUGCACGUCUUCCUGUCACCCUUCACCAAAGUGGAGGAGAGCUUCAACCUGCAAGCGUGUCAUGAUGCACUGAUCCACGGGCCCCAACUGCAUCUCUGGGACCACUUGCAAUUCCCCGGCGCGGUGCCACGCAGCUUCCUGGGUGCACUGGCCACCUCAGUGGCGGCAUAUCCCUUCUUGGGCCUGGGAGCUGUGUCAAAGCCGGCACUUUUGCGGCUUGUGCGGCUUGUGGUGGCCAGUACUUCGGCGCUGUGCUUUGCGCGCUUCCGGUUCCUAGUGGCGAAGGAGUGGGGCAUAGCAGCGGGCCGCCUGCUGGCACUGCUGACGGUGACUCAGUUUCACUUGCCCUUUUACCUGAGCCGCACGCUGCCCAACGUCUUCGCCACGCAGCUGGCGCUGCUGGCACAUGCGGAGAUGCUGUCGAAAUCCCCCCGAGCGGCGUACAGGUGCUUGGCGCUUCUGGGCAUCACGGCGGCAGUGUUCCGCUGCGACUUGCUCAUCAUGAUCGCCCCGGUGGGCCUCUUGUUGCUCUGGCACUGCCGGGUCAACUUCUUCAAGGCGGCAGCAGUAACAGCUGCUGCCGCCCUGCUUGGCGCAUGCUUGUCGAUUUGUGUCGACUCGAUCCUUUGGCGACGCUGGUUGUGGCCGGAAUUUGAAGUUCUUUGGUUCAACACGGCCGAGAACAAGUCCAGCGAGUGGGGCACGCAGCCACCUUUGUGGUAUUUCUUCUCGGCGCUGCCGCGCGCUCUCUUGGGAAGCCUGCCAUUGGCCUUGCUUGCUCUGCUCAUCGAACCCAGGGCGCGACAGCUCGUAGCAGUGGCCCUCACCUUUAUUGGCCUCUACUCUUUCCUGCCCCACAAGGAGCUGCGCUUCAUCUUCCCCGCGCUGCCGCUGCUGAAUGCGGCGGCGGCGGCCGCCGGCGCCAGGGUUCUGCGCUGGAAGCGGUGCGGGGUGCUGCUGUGGGGUGGUUUUGCGCUGGCCUUGGCUGCGCACGUGCUGGUGACCACUGUGAUGACGUUGGCUUCCUUUUGCAACUACCCUGGGGGGGUCGCGAUGACCGGCCUGCACGCAACCGACGCCGCAACCAACCGCUCCGUGCACAUCGGCAACAUGGCAGCCAUCUCCGGGGUGUCCCGAUUCCUGGAGCGGCCGGACUGGCAGUACUCCAAAGAGGAGGGGCUCGAUGCGGACGCCUUGGCCGCCAAAGGCUUCGACUGGCUCCUGUCGGAAUUUUCGGAGGUUCCCGGCUACCACUGCGUUGCGGCCACUGAAGGCUUCCAAGGCUUGUCACGCAGUUGGCCUCUGGUGCGUUUGGCUCCCCAGAUCUACCUGCACUCCAAAUCCGCAGCCUCGGAGACCCGCUGCGAUGCCACAUGGAACGCUAUGUCCCAUGCAGAGUUUCAGGUGGCGCCAUUUCUGACGUGAUGAGGCGUUUUCUGCCGCAAGUGUGUAGGGGCGCGUGCACGGGCUGGUGUGUGAUAUCCGAUCCCUCUCCGGUAUCUGCUGGAGAGCAUUUGUGGUGUCCUAAAAUUGAGAUAAAUUGAGGACCCUCCUUAAUAGGGGACCCUUUCUGGAAGGGAUUGUGUUGGGGA